CAAAUGAAAACAUCCAGGGAAAAAUACGGAAAACGAGACGUGGAGAGCCGGGUUACGUUACCGCAAAUUUAACAACCACACACACCCUGCGAAGUCUAGUGCAUUUUAGCAAAAUAUCGAAUAUUGGUGCUAAAAUACGCUCAAAGAUACGCUGAAAGAGUUUAAAGGUGAUAACUUUCACCCUUGUCUCGCCACCACUUGCUUGUAUACUCUGACACAUUGCCCCUCGAGAAAAAUCCAAACAAAUAGAAUAUUGCCGUCUGAGUUUCCCCUUCCUAUUUAUCCUGCGGCGGCGUCUGGAUCAUGAUUCUUUCCCGGCAACUGAAUUAAAAACAAAAAAAAACAAAGAGACUUCGAGUUAGAAAGGAAACAAAAAAAAAAAAAACAUGGCUGUUUCUUCUCUGGAGAUUGUUAAACUAUGUGGGUACUCUCCUGUAUCGUCGAUUUCCCGCCAUAAAUCUACAGUGAAACUGGAAUCUAGAAAAAGGGUUUUCAGAUUAGCGGAUUCUCGGCGUCUUGGUCGAUGUGUUAGGAUUUAUUCAUCAUCUCCUCGUAACGGCGGCGAUAAUCAGUCGAAAGGUGAUGAGCCCCCAGAAUCUUUGUUUAUGAAAGAAUUGAAGAGACGAGGUAUGACUCCUACAUCGUUGCUUCAAGACUACGAAGUUGAUGUAGAUGAGAUCAAACCCACUGGUAAAGAAAGCUCUAAGACGACUGCAACUACUACUCCUCCAUUCGACCAGAGUUUGUUAAACCAGAGAGAGAGAUCGUUGGCUUUAAACAGCGAAGGGCUUGAGGGAUUGAUUCCUCGUGCUAAGAUAUUGCUGACGACUGGAGGGACUUUCUUCUUAAGUUUUUGGCCCUUGAUAGUCUUAACACUUGGCGCCUUCUCCGCCCUUUACCUUUACUUUGGAGCAGAUUUCGUUCAUGAUGGAAGCAGGAAUCCGGUUUCACCACCACCAUACAUCGAUCCUUAUGCUCUGUUGGAGGAUGAGAGGAUAUCUGGGAUCAAUUCUCGUCUUAAUUAGCACCACCACCUGUGUUCUUUCUCAAGUAGCAGUUGAUAUAUAUUGUUGCACUCAAGUAUAUAUUUCACUCUAUCUGCGCUCUUUAUCACGGCUGUAUUGUAAAAAAAUGUUCCUUCUUUAUUCUUGCAACUUUAAAAAGGCUUCACCAGGAAGUAGAAAAGUUCCAAACUUUCACC